AUGUCGACUUACACGCCCAUUGACAAUGUGCCAAAGAUUCGUGACACUCUGCGGGCUGGUUUUGCCACUAAUCGUUCCAAAGAUGUUCGAUACCGAAAGACACAGCUUCUCCAGCUUGCCUAUCUAUUGCAAGACAACAAGCAGCGCCUCGUGGAUGCACUCCAAGCCGACCUCCACCGACCAGCAGCUGAAACUUUCUUGGUGGAGAUCGGGGCUAGCAUAAAGGAAGCACUUAUUGCCUAUAAGAGAGUGGAUAAAUGGGCAAAACCCGAGGGUGUCCCGUUUGACUUACUCACAUUUGCGAUGCGAGGGAGGACAUUGAAGGAACCUAAGGGCACCGUUCUCAUUAUUGGGCCGUUCAACUAUCCAUUGUGGUGUCUAUUCGUCCCCCUUGUCGGAGCCAUCGCAGCCGGGUGCGCCGUCUGCAUUAAGCCAUCCGAAGUCGUACCAUCUGUCCAAGACCUUAUCGCUGAGCUCAUUCCUCAGUACCUGGACCCGGACCUUUACCAGGUUGUUACCGCCGAAGUCGAAGGCACAACAAAGCUUCUUGAGCUGCAGUGGGAUCACAUCAUGUACACCGGCAAUGGAAGCGUUGGGAGGCUGGUUGCAACCGCUGCGGCUAAACACCUCACCCCGGUCUCUCUGGAGCUUGGCGGAAAGUCCCCAGUGAUUGUUGAUGACACAGCCGAUCUUAAAGUCACAGCUCGCCGUGUGCUGUGGGGGAAAGUCAUCAAUGCUGGUCAGACAUGCGUUGCGCCUGACUACGUUCUAGUUACGGAGGGGCGGCAGGAUGCUCUCGUGGACGCUCUCAAAGAAGUCCAUCGAGAUUUCUACCCCCAAAAUUCCGUUGCGGAGUCUCCCGAUUUCUCCCGUCUGGCUGCCGACAGGCACUUUGAGCGUGUUAAGAAGCUUCUGAAUGCCACCAAGGGUGAGAUUGUUUUGGGGGGCGAAAUGGAUGCGAGUCAAAAGUUCAUCGCGCCCACUAUCGUCAAAAACGUAACUUUUGAGGAUUCUUUGAUGGAAGAGGAAUUGUUUGGACCUGUCCUACCGAUAAUACCAAUCAAGGACGUCCAAACUGCAAUUGACUACAUCAACUCAAAGGAUCGCCCACUGGCCUUGUACCUCUUUUCUACCGACGACAAACUGAAGAAAGAUAUCCUGGCCAAAACCAUCAGUGGCAUGGCUAUGAUCAACGAUAUUCUGAUGGCUGCUGCCGUGGAGGGGCUCGGGUUUGGUGGAACUGGUGCUGUGAAUGGAGCACAUAAUGAUAAGGCUGGUUUCGACACCUUCACUCAUCGUCGCUCAACAGUUGAUGUCCCAGGAUGGCUUGAUUAUAUCGUCAAAUUCCGUUUCCCACCAUACACGAAAGAGAAAGAAAACUUGGCCAAUAAGUUGUCAAUUCCGAAGAUCCCGUACCCCCGCCCAGGUACGCAGCCACCGUUCGGCUGGGAGAAAUGGUUCACAGUAUUCAUUUUGGUUGGUGGACUGGCAACAGCGCUCACAAGGAAGAAAGGGAUCCUAGGUGCAGGGACAAAUAGUGGGCCCGCGUAA